AUGCUGGUGAGGUGGCGGUUUCGGGCAGAGGUGCCAGAGAACUUGCGGCACGGGCACUGGCAGGCGGACUACAACGCCCUGUCCGCGAAGCAGCGGACCGCCAUGACCCACGAGUUCCUGGCGGACGUGGAGGUGCUUCGAGAGGCGGCGGUGUGCGUGUGCACCUUCAGCAGCAACGUUGGGCGGCUGGUCGCACUGCUACGAGAUGGGCCCACCGUGAGCGUAGAUGUCCAAGUGGGCUUUUUGGUGGGGUCCAUCGACCCAAGGCUUUUGCUCAAAGGCGACUCGCUCGCGCGCCGUGCGUCGCGCGUGUUGCGCAUGGCGCGAGAGAUGGAGAAGGCCUACCCCAAAUCCCAUGGCCUGCCGCUGGACUUGAAUUGGCCCUACUACGCCAGCCCCCUGUCGUGCAGCGAGCGCGCGGAGGACAUGGAGAUCCCGCAGUCGGGCACCGAUGCGCGGCACUGCGUGCGCAUGGUGGAGGACUAUCACCUUUUGGACUUCUCCGAGCGGUUGAACACCAGCUCCUACGUGAACGUGGUCUUCGAACCGGAAGAGGAGCGCGUGGCGAUGAUGGGGCUCAAGGUGAACUUGGCGGAUCAGACGGUGUAUCCGGAAUCCUUCCGCAUGCACAACGACACCCUGAACAUGAUCGCCAAGCUCUGGCACUGCCCGAAGCCGGAUGACUUCGACGAGAAGGGCUGCUACGCGGGUGCCGGCACCGUGGGUUCCACCGAGGCGUGCCUCUUGGCGGGGCUUGCCCUGAAGUUCCGAUGGCGCAAGUGGUACGCGAAGAGGAAGAGCCAAUCGCCGGACCAGGUGCGGGGCGUCUAUCCCAACCUGGUGAUUUCCACCAUGUUCCAAGCUGCCUGGGAGAAGUUGUUCAAGUACAUGGACAUCGAGCCCCGGUUCGUGAAACCCAGCUACAAGACCUUCAUCCUGGACCCCAACAAGCUCAAGGACUACAUCGACGACCAGACAAUUGGCGUGGUGUGCAUUAUGGGGAACCACUACGGUGGGCAGUAUGACCCAGUGUGGGAGGUGGAUGCAGCCUUGGACAAGAUCAACGCCGAGAAGGGCCUCCAGGUGGGCAUCCACGUGGAUGCCGCCUCCGGGGGCUUCAUCGCGCCCUUCCAGGACAACCUGCCCAAGUGGGACUUCCGCUUGAAGAACGUCUUGUCCAUCUCGGCGAGCGGGCACAAGUUCGGGAAUUCCUGCUGCGGCACAGGCUGGGUGAUUUGGCGCCAGCGCAAGGAUUUGUCCGAGGAGGUGGCGAUCAACGUGUCCUAUUUGGGCGGCAGCGCUGACUCCUACACCCUGAACUUCUCGCGCCCCGCGCAGGGGGUCUACGUGCAGUUCUACAAGCUUUUGCGCUUGGGCCGGGAGGGCUACUAUUCCCAGGUGAACAACCAGAUGUGCGUUGCCCAGUAUUUGCGGGAAGGCCUGCUGAGCGUGAAGGAGGGCUCCGGGUCCGUGUUCACCAUCCUGGAUGCUGUGGGCAUGAGCUCGCAGAAGGUGUGUCUCCCGGUGGUGACCGCCAUGAUCAACCCCGACCUCGGCCUGCCCUUUGAUGAUAUUGACUUUCAGCAUGUCAUCGCCCAGGGGCACUGGUACGUCAGCGGCUACCACAUGUCCAUGCACCAUCCCCUUACCGAGGAGACCAUGCCCCUGUUCACAGACCAGACCUGCGAUCAAGCCAUGUUCCGAAUCGUGGUGAAGAACAAUCUGACCAUGAGAAUGGCGGCGCAUUUGCUGGACGAGAUCAAGGCGGCUGUGGCGUUCCUGAUCAACCACGGCAAAGGCUUUCAGCACCGGAAGCCCAAACGUCUGCCCACGCAGAAGUCCGUGCCGGUCGGGUGCUCAGCGGAGUCGAGGCGCUCAAGCGCGCAGCCCCCCUACUUAGGCCUUCGGGGAUUGGGGAAGGCGGCGAUGGCGCUGGCGGUGAUGGCGCCUGUGAGGCCGGUUCCCAUGUCGCCUCCUGCGAGACCAGCGCGAUUGAGAGUCCCCGCCCCGCCGCGCGCGCGCAGCGGCGCCGGCCCCGGCGGCGUAAAAGCCGCGGCCGCCGCGGCGCUGGCGGCGAAGGCGGCCGCGAAGGUGUGUGCUCGGAAAAGCCGGUCCCUAGGGUACGCGGCCUGUAUGGCCCAGGAUGCGCGCCGCGCAGAUGUGCCGUAUUAUGCCAGCGUCGGGUCGCGCAGCGCGCGCGCAGAGGACAUGGAGCUGCCCGAACAUGGCCUGGCGGCACGCCAUUGCGUGCGCACCGUGGAGGACUAUCACCUGCUGGACUUCUCGGAGCGAUUGAACACCAGCUCCUACGUGAACGUGGUCUUCGAACCAGAAGAGGAGCGAGUGGCCAUGAUGGGGCUCAGGGUGAACCUCGCGGAUCAAACCGUGUAUCCUGAGUCCUUCCGCAUGCACAACGACACGCUGAACAUGAUCGCCAAGCUUUGGCACUGCCCCAAGCCGGAGGACUUCGAGGAGUACGGCUGCUACGCCGGCGCGGGCACCGUGGGCUCGACUGAGGCGUGCUUGUUGGCCGGGCUCGCCUUGAAGUUCCGGUGGCGCAAGUGGUACGCGAAGAAGACGGGGCAAUCCGCUGACAAGGUCCGGGGCGUGUACCCCAACAUCGUGAUCUCCACCAUGUUCCAAGCAGCCUGGGAGAAGUUGUUUAAGUACAUGGACAUCGAGCCCCGUUUCGUGCAGCCCAGCUACAAGACCUUCACCUUGGACCCUUCCAAGCUCAAGGACUAUGUGGAUGAUCAGACCAUUGGAGUGGUUUGCAUCAUGGGCAACCACUACGGCGGGCAGUAUGACCCUGUGUGGGAGGUGGACGCGGAAUUGGAGAAGAUCAAUGCCGAGAAGGGCCUUCAGGUGGGGAUCCACGUGGACGGCGCCUCCGGGGGCUUCAUCGCGCCCUUCCAGGAGGGUCUGCCUCCCUGGGACUUCCGCCUGAAGAACGUCCUGUCGAUCUCCUCGAGCGGCCACAAGUUCGGGAACUCCUGCUGUGGCACAGGCUGGGUGGUCUGGCGGCAGCGCAAGGAUUUGUCGGACCAGGUGGCCAUCAACGUGUCGUACCUCGGAGGCAGUGCGGACUCCUACACCCUGAACUUCUCCCGCCCCGCGCAGGGGGUCUUCGUGCAGUUCUACAAAUUGCUGCGCUUGGGCCGGGAAGGCUACACCGGGCAGGUUGAGAACCAGAUGAGCGUGGCGCAGUUCCUUCGGGAAGGCCUGCAGAGCAUCCAGCACAACGGCGAGUCUGUGUUCACGCUUCUGGACGCCGUGGGCAUGAGCAGCCAGAAGCUUUGCCUGCCGGUGGUCACGGCGAUGAUCAACCCUGAGCUGGGCUUGCCUUUUGACGACAUCGACUUUCAGCAUGUGGUCGCCCAGGGGCACUGGUACGUCAGUGGCUACCACAUGUCGAUGCAUCAUCCGCUCACGGAGGAGACCACGCCCCUCUUCACGGACCAGCCGUCGGAGCAAGCGAUGUUCCGAAUUGUCGUGAAGAACAACCUCACCAUGAGAAUGGCGGCCAAUCUGCUGGAUGAGAUGAAAACGGCGGUGCAGUUCUUGAUCAGCCAUGGCAAGGGCUUCCAGCACCGAAAGCCCAAACGCCUGCACACGCACAAGGCGGUCCCAGCUUGCUGAAUGCCGGCGGCCCGGGCGGGCUGGCCGCACCGCUAGCGCCGAUGGGUCCAAAGUCCUCGAGGCUCUUGGAAGUGGUUGUUUGCUUUCCCUGGCUUCGGUGGUUGCCUUCCUUGGUGGUUCUUUGUGUGUUUGUUUGUUUGUUUCUUUGUGACUUCCUUGGAGUUUCUUUGUUUGUUUCUUGGUUUGGUUCGGUU